UACUGGACUUUCAGUUUCUAAGAGAAUUCCCUCUUUCUGGUAUUCUACUAUGGGGAUUGUAAGUUAUCGCGGGACAAACGGCGAGAUUCUCGCAGAGACAUCGCUCAGGCGUCAGAGCGGCAGAAGAAGACUGUCCUGCAAAACCUCUCUGCUCUGUCCUGUCAAGCAUGUCGCGUUGGAGAUUGCAGGGACUUCUAGCACCCAAACACAGGAGAAUGCGAUGUUAUAAAUGAUUUUAUAAUAUAGAGGCGUUUUGUUGAAGCAGAGGGAGAUGUCUCGGUGGAUUUGGUGUCCGCUCCCCCGCCUGCUGCUGCUGCUGCUGCUGCUGUGGUGUGAAGUUCAAGCCCAAGAGGAAAACCGGGUGAUUUUCCUGCCGGGAACGUUCCAGAAUGUCAGCGUCUCCCAGAAUGAGACGGUGCAGGCCGUGGUGUCCAGGAUCCCCGCGGACGUCGCUUUCAUCACCCUGCAGUUCCACACGCAGCACCGCAACGCCACGCUCUCCUACACCAAGAUGCCAGAUCUGGGUCUCUCCCUGACGGCAGUGGACUCGGGCCUCCUGUCGGCUCUACAGCCGGGCCAGGCCUCCCUCUCCUUGUUCCUGUCCUCUCCUGAUGGUAGCACUGUGUCGGGCACCGGGGUCAUCCUCCCAUACUCCAGCACUGAUCCGGUGCCUGGAGCUUGUAACAUGGAGUCCAACCUGGACAUUGACCCAAACAUCUACGUCCACUACAAUCUCUACGAGACCACGAUCCGUUUUGCACCUGCAAACUUAGGAUAUGAGAGGGGAGAAACUCCGCCAGCCUGCGACCAAUCCACCGAUGCCAACACUCGUUGGCGGCUGCAGUAUGAUGUCUACCAGUACUUCCUCCCUGAGAGCGACCUAUCAGAGCGCAGCCUCUUUAAUGGCAUUCAUGCCGUGGCCGACAUCAAGGGCAUGAUGGAGAACGGCAGACGGGUCAUGACGCUGUUAUCAUCAGAUGUGACCAUGGUGAUGUUCAACUCCAUCCCUGGUCAGGGCGUCAUCUUUUCGGUCAUCGUCAGAGACCCGCUGUUGAACACCUCGGCCUCCUACGUCCCCGUCCACACCUACGCCUGCAGCUUUGCUUCCGCUCUGGACGGCUGUCAAACACUCGGAAAAGUAUCCACAAAGGUGUUCUUCACCAUCGCUGGCAUGGCAGGCCUGUUUGUCUGCUUUUUCGGGCAUCGGUUCUUCAAAUGUGAGAUGUUUUGCAUGGGAUUCAGCUUUGCAGCGUUUUUCUUCUUUGUGCUGAUGAAAAGGACCACAGGACUGGACUAUGAUAUCUGUCUGGCCGUGUCAGCAGUGAUCGGUGUGGUGGGCGGGGUCCUCCUGGUGAUGAGCUGGUGGCGUUUCGGUUCAGUCAUGGCAUGCAUCAUCGUGGUUGGACUGAUGCUUGGCUUCCUCAUCGCCGCCACAGUCCUCUUCACUCCUCUUGGUGACCUGGAUGUGUUCCGGCGCUCAGAUCUGGUUUUCUGGGUGACGUUCUGCUGCAUCAUGCUCAUGGUUCCGCUUAUCUUCGUGCGUUGGCCUAGAGAGGGAAACAUCGUCACAUGUGGCGUUGUCGGGGCUUAUGCUGUAGUUCUGGCUGUCAACGCUUACACUUACACCAGCCUGUCUUACAUCACACUGAACAUCCUCAAACGCUUCCUCAACAACAACUACAGUGCGGUGUUCACUGACGUGCCCUUCCAAACCAUCGACUACGUCAUGAUCACGGUGUGGGUGGUGCUCGGCGUCUGCGGUAUCGUCAUGCAGCUGUACCGGGAGCGCUCUCGACCGUUCUUCCCGCCCAGCCCGUAUCUCAUGUGGCUGCAGGAACGCGAGCGCAGAGAGACCAACGUCCUUGACCCAAGCCACCACUUCCCCACGCUGCCUAACCGCCUCCUGGCCCGAGCGCGGCAGCUCACCAAGAAGGUGGAGCCAGCUGGAGAACACACACCUCUGCUACUGUAGUCGCCCUCACUGUCUGUGUCUAAAGGCAAAUUAUAGGUACAGUCGGGGUCUGAACCAGAGAGUAGGAGAUCCCUGUGAUGCAUUUUCUAGAGGAACAUUGUCCCUCAUAACUGGUGCUGGGACAAGGUACCAGUUCAGUUGAUUGAAGGAUGGUCUCAGUUAAAAUGCAGCAGAACUGACACCAAGAUGCUGUUACAUCACUGACACUCUUCAGGGGGAUGUGAAUCUCUUAAACGUUUUGUAGAAGACUGUGACUUUUUUUCUUGAACGUCACUUUUAUUUAAUAUUUAAAGGAGCAGUAUGUAGGAUAUAGUGGCAUCUAGUGGUUAGGUUGCAGAUUGCAACCAACUGAAAACCCUCUCAACCCUCCUAAAGUGACCUUCAGGUAACAUCAAAACACAAAUGGCCCUAUCUAAAGCCAGUGUUUGGUUUGUCCAUUCUGGGCUACUGUAGAAACAUGACGGUGCAACAUGGCAGACUCUGCGGGCAAGGAAUUGCUCCCUAUGUAGAAAUAAACAGCUAAUUCUAAGCUAACGAAAAACACCACAAUCCUCUUUUCAGGUGAUUAUACACUAACAAAGACAUAUUGAAUAUUUUGUAUAAUUUCUUUCAAUAGAUCCCCCUAAAUCCUACACACUGGAUCUUUAAAUGACCCCUAACAAUCACUGAAGCUGUUUAAGAAGAACUUGUGAAAUAUCUCUGAAUGUCUAAAAAGUAGCUGUCGAGGCUUUUUGGUGUCUAUUGCUUCUUGCACUAAAGUCACAAACUACUAACAGUUAACAAAACGAGGCUUUUAUCUGUGGAUGCUGUGGAUUGAUUCAACAUUGUUCUCAAAGCAAGAAAUAUUUGAGUUGUACUUUUUGUUGACCAGCUGGCAUCUUUAAAACUGUCCACUCAGGACUUCAUUUUGUUGUAGGGUGGUUUGAAACUGCACCCUUAAAUGAGAUAUACAGUGUAUCUUAAAGGUAUAGUUCACAUUUUUUGAAAUGGUGUUGUAUGGGGUACUUAUUCAUAGUCAUAGUCAUAGUGUGUCACAUACAGUAGAUGUCAGUCAGUACGCCCCCAGUUUGGAGGAGCAGACAGAAGUAAGACACAGAAGCUAAGCAAUGUACUUCUGUGGAUGUUGGUCAGUGACAAAAUGUAUUUUAGCCACCUAAAAAUGUUCCACUGGAAAAAUAAUCAGUUCAAAUGUACACUAUAGUUAUAUUGAGAGUAUUUUCUCCACCUUACCUUUCCGUUGGUCAACCUUUUCCAAUCAUGGAUGUAUUAACGAAGUCUGAAUACAGCCAUUUAGGCGGGGCCUGGUUCAUUGAUAUGAGAGCUGCUCUUUGGCGCAUGAAACAAAACAACCUCUUUUUCCGGGUAUAAAAUACAAUAAGAUAUCCUUAUCUACUGGUCCAUCGGGCAUGAGCACUAGAGACUUACGGCGGCCAAGUGGGAUCAAGUGUGCCAGAGCAGUUAACUUCAGCAGGCAGAGCGACUGAUUUCCGGUUUAGUGCUUUGCUAGCUUGAAUGGUAGUCUAAAAAAUGUCAUCUUUUGGCUUUCUGAGACUUUCCAAAUGUUAUUAAACUGGAUGGCUAGAUAGUAAAAUUAGUCAUUUUGUGGAUGUUUCGACGCUCACUAAAAAAUAUUUACUGAUUCACAGACAUCUCUUUCCUGAUGUAAGUCAAUGAGGAAACGUCUGUUUGCGCCCGUGGGCUUCAGAUGACCACCCUGGACAGUGUAAUUCCACUUUUGGCCACAAUGUCAAAUUUGCAUCAGAGCCUGGCGCACCUCCUGGGGGCUUGGUUUUGAUGGGGAAGGCAUUAACAGCUUCAUUUCCCUGUGUCUGUUCUCGUCAGAGCCACCAGACUCUAUUGCAAAAAAGGUCAUUUUAGCUCGCUGAACAUGGGAGUUGCUUGUCUACAUCUGUUUCAUUAAGUUAGUCAGUUCGUGUUAUUGUGUGACUUUGGUGAAUCUGAAUUAAACCUUUUAAAAAAACAAAGUUACACAAUAACACAAAAA